AGCCGCGGGGGCCCCGGCGCGGCGCUCGCCCUCCUGCGCGCCCUCCGCACUAGGAUGUUGCGGCAGGUCUUGCACAGGGGGCUGGGGACGUCCUUCUCCCGGCUCGGCCACUUCGUCGCCAGCCACCCGGUGUUCUUCGCUUCGGCGCCCGUGCUUAUCUCCAUCCUGCUGGGCGCCAGCUUCAGCCGCUACCAGGUGGAGGAGAGCGUGGAGCACCUCCUGGCCCCCACCCACAGCCUGGCCAAGAUCGAGCGGAACCUGGUGGACAGCCUCUUCCCGGUGAACCGCUCCAAGCACCGGCUCUACUCCGACCUGCAGACGCCGGGGCGCUACGGCCGGGUGAUCAUCACCUCCUUCCGCAAGGCCAACAUGCUGGACCAGCACCACACCGAUCUCAUCCUCAAGUUGCACUCUGCUGUGACCAGGAUCCAAGUGCAAAGACCUGGUUUCAAUUACACGUUUGCCCAUAUAUGUAUCCUGAACAAUGACAAGACAUGCAUAGUGGACGACAUAGUGCAUGUGCUGGAGGAAUUAAAGGCUGCUCGUUCUUCUAAUCGAACUAAUUUUGCAAUCACUUAUCCGAUUACUCACUUAAAGGAUGGCAGGGAAGUGUAUAAUGGGCAUCAACUUGGUGGGGUUACUGUGCACAGCAAAGACCGGGUGAAGUCUGCAGAAGCCAUUCAGCUCACCUACUACUUGCAGGCAAUCAACUCCUUGAAUGACAUGGUGGCAGAAAAGUGGGAAUCCAUUUUUUGUGACACUGUUGAACUUUUCCAGAAAUCCAACAGGAAAGUCAAAAUGUAUCCUUUUACUUCUUCUUCGCUGAAGGAGGAUUUCCAGAAGACGAGCAGGGUGUCAGAACGCUACCUGAUCACAAGCUUGGUCCUUGUGGUCACCUUGGCCAUUCUCUGCUGCUCCAUGCAGGAUUGUGUCCGCAGCAAACCCUGGCUUGGCCUGCUGGGAUUGCUGACCGUGACCCUUGCCACCCUGACUGCAGCCGGGAUCAUCAAUCUCACUGGUGGGAAAUACAAUUCCACCUUCCUGGGGAUCCCCUUCGUCAUGUUAGGUCAUGGGUUAUAUGGGACUUUUGAAAUGUUGUCCUCCUGGAGAAAAACUAGAGAAGACCAACAUGUUAAAGAGAGGACUGCAGCCGUAUUUGCAGACUCCAUGCUCUCGUUUUCCCUCACCACUGCCAUGUACCUGGUCACUUUUGGAAUAGGUGCCAGUCCCUUCACUAACAUUGAAGCAGCCAGGAUUUUCUGCUGCAAUUCCUGUAUUGCAAUUUUCUUCAACUACCUCUAUGUACUCUCCUUUUAUGGUUCCAGCCUGGUGUUUACUGGCUACAUAGAAAACAACUACCAGCAUAGUAUCUUCUGUAGAAAGGUACCAAAGCCAGAGGUAUUGCAAGAGAAGCCUGCAUGGUAUAGGUUUCUUCUGACAGCCAGAUUCAGUGAGGACACAACGGAUUCAGAGGAAACGAACACUUACGAGAGUCAUCUUUUGGUGUGGUUCCUUAAACGCUAUUAUUGUGACUGGAUAACAAACACUUACGUCAAGCCUUUUGUAGUUCUCUUUUACCUUGUUUAUAUUUCCUUUGCCUUAAUGGGCUACCUGCAGGUCAGUGAAGGGUCAGACCUGAGCAACAUCGUAGCGACCGCUACACGGACCAUUGAGUAUACAGCUGCUCAGCAGAAGUAUUUCAGUAACUAUAGCCCGGUGAUUGGGUUCUACAUCUACGAGUCGAUAGAGUACUGGAACACCAGUGUCCAGGAGGACGUGCUGGAGUAUACCAAGGGCUUUGUGAGGAUAUCUUGGUUUGAGAGCUACUUAAAUUACCUUAGGAAACUCAACAUAUCUACUGGAUUGCCCAAGAAAAAUUUCACCGAUAUGUUGAGGAACUCCUUCUUGAAAGCCCCUCAGUUUGCCCAUUUUUCAGAGGAUAUCAUCUUUUCCAAGAAAUACAACAACGAAGUUGAUGUCGUGGCCUCCAGAAUGUUCCUGGUGGCCAAGACAAUGGAAUCCAAGAGGGAAGAACUUUAUGACCUCCUGGAAACCCUGAGGAAGCUCUCUCUCACCUCCAAGGUGAAAUUCAUCGUUUUCAAUCCAUCAUUUGUGUACAUGGAUCGUUACGCCUCUUCAGUGGGAGCCCCCUUACAAAACUCCUGCAUUAGUGCUUUAUUUCUGCUCUUCUUCUCUGCAUUCCUGGUGGCAGACUCUCUGAUCAAUGUAUGGCUCACUCUAACUGUUGCCUCGGUUGAGUUUGGAGUUAUAGGUUUUAUGACCUUGUGGAAAGUGGAACUAGAUUGUAUUUCUGUGUUGUGCUUGAUUUACGGAAUUAAUUAUACAAUUGACAACUGUGCUCCACUGUUAUCAACCUUUGUCCUGGGCAAAGAGUUCACAAGAACUAAAUGGGUGAAAAAUGCCCUGGAAGUGCAUGGGGUAGCUAUUUUGCAGAGCUACCUCUGCUAUAUUGUUGGUCUGAUUCCUCUUGCAGCUGUGCCUUCAAAUCUGACCCGUACACUGUUCAGGUGCUUGUUUUUAAUAGCAUUAGUCACCUUCUUUCACUGCUUUGCCAUUUUACCUGUGAUAUUGACUUUUUUGCCACCGUCCAAGAAGAAGAGGAAAGAGAAGAAGAAUCCUGAAAACCGUGAGGAAAUAGAGUGUGUUGAAAUGGUGGAUAUGGAUAGCACUCGAGUGGUUGACCAAAUUACAACAGUCUAACUUG